UCAUGCUCAUUGAAUGCCGCGACACGUGGGCCCUGCCGCUACCGCUGUGUUGCUGGCGCUGUUCUGGUGUUUCCGUAUAGUUUUUUCCUUUCUGCCCGUACCGCACCUAUCUUUUACAAUGAGUUUGGAGCAAAAUGAUGAAAACCCUUUCAACGAGUUUGCUCUCGGAGCAUCUCCAAGUGGCAGUGGGCCAAUCCCCGGGGUUACAAGAGCCCGACCCGCAGCGGCCAGGUUACUCAUGGACAGCCUUGACAGCAAGCCAGUCAAGAAAAUGCGCACAUCUACCGGUGCUAAGGGGCAGAGUACAGCGAAAGGCUUGGUGGAGAAGUACAGGUCCCCUGGAGAGCCCGAGUGGCCGCUGAGGUUGAUCAUUGUCGGCCAUAACCCGAGCGAGAAGGCGUGGGAACUUGGUCAUUACUACGGCAACCCAUCCAACCGAAUGUGGAAGUUGCUGUCCAGUGCGGGCAUCAUCCCUCCCGGCUUCACCGCUUCGAACGACGAGGAUUGCCCCAUCACGAGCGGCGUGGGCUUCACGGAUGUGGGCUUCUCGAUUCCCGGCACCGUCUCCAGCGAGUUCGGCAAAAAAGAGCUGCAUUCCUGGCGGAGAGGCUUUUACGACCGAUUAACAGCCCACGCUGAGCGCGCGGCGGCCACGGUAGCAGCGUCAAAAUCAUAUCCAGCGGAACCGGCAACGGAGCGGGGCACAGAUAGUACCUCCGCGGCGGGCAAGGGGGCUGACCAAGGAGUGGCAACGGCGGCGACAAUCAAGGCCAAGAUCGAGGAUGGUUGUCCCAGGAUCAUUGCCUUCGCUGGAAAACGCCAGUGGGAGGAGCUGUUUUUCGACGCUAGCGCGAAGGACAAGGCCAAGACAAAGGGGGGCAAGACCGGCCCCUUUCGGUUCGGCCUGCAGCCGGCCGAUCUGCGCCCGCCCGGCUGGCCGUUCCCCGCGGAGCGGACCGAGAUGUUUGUUGUGCCGAGCAGCAGCGGCGCGGCCGCUAUGACCAACGAGGCUCGUGAAACCCCGUAUCGGGACCUCGGGCAGCACAUGUUGAAAUCGGGAGGAGAAUGGACACAUCGCCGUGGACAGCAAAGCGGCGGCGGAAUUUCCUCUGGAGAGAAUGGGGCGACGGCGCCACCACCGCCGCAGCAGCGAUAGAAACGGCAUUACCUACCACCCA